AUGAAAUUGUUCUGGGCACUCCUGCUCAUAUCGGGUGUGCACCGAAUAAAUGCUAUAUGUCGAGAAUCCAUCCACCUGGAACACGGAUCGGUAGAAAAAUUAAAUGGAUCUAUACUUUUUCUUUGCGAUCAAGGAUAUUCUUUACAAGGAUCGAAGGUGUUCACCUGCGAUCGCGGUAUUCCGCGAGGGAAAAAACCAUUUUGUGCUAAGAGCGGUUGCCAGGAAUACAAACAAAUUGAGAACGGCUUUGUUUUAAAUUCCCCUAUGAAAGCUAAAAUCACCUGUUCGGAUGGCUAUGGGGUCGUUGGAAAUCGCAUUGCCUACUGCAAUGGCGAAAGGUGGAGAACCCAGUUGGGAUCGUGUGUGCUGAGAAGCCCGACAUGGAAUGACUCCUGUGAUUUUGAGAGCGAGGAUAUGUGCGGUUGGACAGCGGAGCUGAGCUUCUGGGGAACCUGGAGACGGGUCAGUGCGUUGGCCAACUUCCACUCAGAAAAAACGGGUCCCCAACAGGAUCACACAUUCCAAAACCACUCCGACGGACACUACGUCCGUAUGGAGACGGAAAGCGAUGCCUUUGGGCGCUACCACUUCCUAUCGCCACCAUAUCCCAAGGAGCUCAGUUUGAGUCCCGCCUGCUUUCAGUUCCACUACUUCAUGUUCGGCAGUGGAGUCGGUAGCCUGUUGGUGUCCAUCAAACCCGCUUCGGUGACCAUAGGAAACAUGUUUAGCACGAACAACUCCAUUAAAUUCGAGAUGACUGGAUCGCAGGGCGCCAGGUGGCUGGAACACACGAUUGCCAUCAAUGCGAUGGAUGAGGACUUCCAAGUGGUCUUCACCGCCACGGAUGCGAGGUCCCAAUACGGAGACAUUGCCAUCGACGACGUGAAGCUCAUGACGGGCAAGGAAUGUGAGGUGAGUGCGCAGACCCCCGCCACAGAUCCACCAGAGGAACCAGCAAGAGAAUCGGAUAUCAGGGAAGAGCCACUGGACUACCAAAUGGCGGACUGCAGUGGUCGUUGUGGUCAAGUCCUUGUCUCAGGAAGGUACAUCAAUGAAGGCUGUGGAUGCCAAGAAUCGUGUCUUGCGAGCGGCGAUUGUUGCCUAAAUUAUGUCAUGAAGUGCCAUACAGAUCUGUUCUUAUCUCCGUAUAAUGAAACCGCCUUCUGGAGGCUUUGGAAGCUUUGGAGCAGACAUAGUAUUGUGCCUGUCGCACCUAAGUAAAUUAUUAUAUGGCAA